UUCGAAGCAAUUUCUCCCACUAGUACUUAUCACUUUAUUCUUCCUCAGAUUUAAUAGCUGGUGUUGCACCUACUGGAAGACUAUGGCCGUAUCUAACAGAGAAAUGUAUCUCUCCACUCAUACACCAUUAUUGGCUGGUUCAGGUGUAUGUGUGCGUAUACUCGUGUAACGUGACAACUGAUUUGAUGUCAGUUCAUAUUAAGAUGUCUUUAUCGAUUACACGAAACUGGCACAUUUAUGCAAGCUUCACCACUUGCUUGUCAAAAUAAACCUGGCUGGCUUUUCGUACAGUGUAUCCAGCAGGAGGAUGCUACACCUUUAAGGUUUUAGUGGCUGCUCCUGCACGUCGCUCUUUGAAAAUCCCGGUGCGGCUUUUUCCUUCUCCUUCGCCUUGAAAGUUUGUCAGUGGAUCUGGGAUGUGAAUGAAACGGAGGAGAAACCCAGGGGAACAGCAAGAGGAACGCGCUGCUUGGGGAAACGCGGAGGCAACCGACGCUGAACACAAACCGGCAGCCGACACGGCGAUCGCUAAUAUUAUAACUCACUCUCUACAUAACUAGCGUGUGUUAUUGGAAAAUGCAUUAAGGAACUUCUAUGAAGUCGAGAGGAUUAUUGCAUCCUUAACCGCAACUUCAGAGGCACGGCGCAUGACAGCGACUAUGCAGAAAUUACUGCGAUGUAGCUGAUUUUCAAAGAAAAAGAGAAAUCUAAUCAAGCCAUGCCUUUCGAUGUACGAUCAUUAAUGUUUGGGAUUGUGACGGUACUUGUGGUAUUUUUAAUCAUUGCUGAUAUUGCUGAAGUGGAAGAAGAGAAUGGGAACAGUGCAGGGAGCAAGCGAGGGGUGCCCAGCCUCAGAUACAGGGUUCAGGGCCCCAGCAGGACUGUGUCCACGGAGCCAGAUGCCACACGGAAAGCUGGAUCGCCGCCGAGCAGCAGUCCCGCUCCGCCCGGGUCCGCUAACGAGCCCUCGUCCAGGGGCUGGCGUUUCAGCGGGACCCUUUCAAACCAGAUCAGGAAGGACAUCCUGAGGUUUCUGGAUGCAGAGAGAGACAUCUCCAUACUUAAGGGGACCUUGAAGCCGGGAGACGUCAUCCACUACGUCUUCGACCGCCAGAGCACCACGAACGUCUCAGAGAACUUGCACGCGCUCCUGCCCACAACGUCACCCAUGAAGAACCGGCACUACCAGCGCUGUGCCAUAGUGGGGAACUCGGGGAUUCUGCUGAACAGCAGCUGCGGGAAGGAGAUCGACUCCCACGAUUUUGUCAUCAGGUGCAAUCUGGCCCCAGUGCAGGAGUUUGAGCUGGAUGUGGGGCUGCGCACGGGCCUGGUGACCAUGAACCCCUCGGUGGUUCAGAGGGCCUUCCAGGACCUAGGCAGUGCCCGCUGGCGGGAGCACUUCCUGCAGCGGCUGCGCGGCCUCGGCGACGCUGUGCUCUGGAUCCCUGCCUUCAUGGCCAAAGGCGGUGAGCGGCGAGUGGAGUUGGCCCUCGACGUCAUCCGGCGGCAGCGCCUUGCAGUCAGGCCUGCCUUCCCUUCCCUGCGCCUGCUGGAUGCUGUGCGUGGGUACUGGUUGACCAACAAGGUCCACAUCAAGAGACCGACCACGGGCCUGCUGAUGUACACCAUGGCCACACGUUUCUGCGAGGAGAUCCACCUUUACGGCUUCUGGCCCUUCUCACAUGAUGCCCAGGGAAACGCAGUGAAGUAUCACUACUACGACAGUCUGACGUACGGCUACACAUCCCGUACCAGCCCACACACCAUGCCGCUGGAGUUUAGGACCCUGAGCAGACUGCACGCCCUGGGAGUCCUACAGCUCCACACGGGGUCCUGCCGAAACGCCACAGGACGCCUCUAGAUGUGGGUCGGCGGAAGCUCACCAGCCACAUCUCCAACGCCUGCGUAUUUCGUUGCAGGAUGCUCAGCAGAUUUAAGCUGAUUCAUCAGGACACAAUCCAAGUCCUGUGGGCUUUACCUAGCAUCCUGUUUGAUGUCAACACAGACCACUCAAACAAGGCAAGUUACCUUGGAAACGCUGAGGUUUGUCCAUCUGAAGUAACUGUGAGCCCCCGUAAAAUAAUGUGAACAUAUCACAAUGUAAUCAGACAUCAGGUCCUUCAUGUAAUUAUUCUGUACAGACUGAAACUGGUUAAUAUAAUUUUGUUUGACUUCUUCUCCUUA